AGCACAUACACUUGCAGUAUGAACAACUCAACUGAGCUGUCUUCCUCAGAGGAAAUUGCCAUGGCCCCUGAGGAGUUUGACGGUGGGACAGCAGUGGCCUGUGUGAUCCUGGGCCUGUCCUUCUUGGUAGGAGCUCCGGGGAACCUGCUGGUGAUCUGGACUAUCCUGAGACACGUCAAGCAGCGUUCCCACACUGUGGUGCUCAUCCUGCACCUGGCUGCUGCAGACCUGCUGGUUCUCAUCACCCUGCCUCUGUGGAUCUACUCCCUGGCCCACCACUGGGUGUUUGGAGAAGUCUCCUGCAAAGCCAUGGUGUUCAUGAUCAACGCCUGUAUGUAUAGCAGCGUUUUCCUUAUUACCCUCAUGAGUGUGGAACGCUUUGUGGCCGUGCGCUACCCCUUUGCCUCGGCUGGCUGGAAAAGGAAAAAAGCUUUAAAUAAAGUUCUGCUAGCCCUGUGGACUGCAGCAUUCGUGUUCAGCAUACCAGUCAUCCCAACUCAGGUUGUAGAGAAGGAUGCUGGUGAGGAGCACUGUCUGUACCGGUUGUACACUUCUGGGACCCAGGAGCUGGUGUGUGUACUGCUAGAAACACUGCUGGGCUACAUUAUACCCUUCACCAUCCUUGUGGUCUGCUAUGGCUGCCUGUGCAGCCGGAUUACUCAGAUGAGCUUCAAGUCCAAGCGCAAGUCCACAGUGCUGAUUGCCAGUGUAGUGGUUGUGUUUGCCAUUUGUUGGACGCCUCAUCAUAUAGGAAAUGUCCUCUCACUCGUCAUCCUGGCCACUGAAAACUCCCUCCCUGACGCAGCAAAGAAUCUGGAGAGCGUCAGGAGCACCAUGGCUUUCAUCGCUGGAGCCAUGGUCUUCAUCAGCAGCACUGUUAACCCCAUCCUCUACAUGUUUGCCGCUCGCUCCUUCAGGAGCUCCCUGCGUGACACCGGCAUCCAGAAGCUCUUCCACCAUAUCUCCAGCACCUCCCCAGGUGAGGGCAAUAAAGAGUUGUCCUUUGUGUCCAAGAGACAGAGCAUUCAGACUAACAGUUCUCAGUGUGUGACUGAGUCAAAAGACCAAAUGGACAUUAAAUAAAAAUUUGUAAAAAUAAUCCUGAUAUUGAACAUGUAUGUAUUGUCUGUGCUGUGUGUAAAUAUCCAUGUGUAUACUGUAUGUAUUUUUAAGUGAAGGAAAUGGUGCCUAAAAAAAUAAAACUCAUUUUGUGUGAAAUUACAACACAGAAAAACAAGAAGUCUUUAUCUGUGCAAUACUUGUCCAAUUCUGUAAUGCUGCAUGUACCUGUUUUACAUGCAAUAGUUUUUGUGUUAUGUUUCUUUUUUUAAAAGGUGACCAUAUAUUUAUAAAUAUGUUAUAUAUUAUGUAUUCCAUAUCCUAUUCAUAAAUAGCACAAUAAAUAAUUAUACAUACAUUAAACAUUUUGCAAUCUAAAGAUUUUUAUUUUAUUAUAUAAUCUAGUUGAUGCCAACAAAUGGACUUGGUAGUGAUUAUGUUUUUGAUUCUGUGUACAAUUUUCUUUUUAAUUGCCAGUAGGUGUGGGAACAGAACACAUUAGAUAGGUAAUCUUGUUAGCCACUUGUUUUGUUUGUUUUUUACGCUUUUUGCCACAGAGUGCCAAAUAUUUUACUCACAGCUAUGGCUGUCUUAAUUAGAGUUUGAGAACUUUUCAUUCUUGCUGUGUCGUUCUUUGUCGGGAAACUGUAACAUCUCUGAUACAGUCUAAUUGGGAACUCACGUAACAAAACUGUUGUUCAAUUCACCUAAUGAGUUUUCUUUUGUAAAAAUGUUUUUCUCUCAAGACAAGUUAGCUAACAAUUGUCGUGACAUCCCACUACAGACAACAACCAGUCCUUCAACUUCCUCUCAAUGAAAAGAUUGCAAAAUGUAAAACUUCAUGUUCCCUUUGUCGAGCAGCAAAAAGCGGAAUCAUGCCGUAAUGUUGGUCACUUUUAGAUGAGAGCGUUCAGUGUUAUCCUAUUUUCUGAUAAUUUCAAAAUGCAUGUGUCAGUCAGAUAAUUAUAAUAUGCUUGUAUCAUAGCAUAUUAAGUUUAUCUGUUGUCAAAACUGCAGUAGCCUACACAAAACAUGUUCUAACCAACUGAGACAACCAGUAGAUGGCAGUGGCAGUGUUUUUUUAUUGUUUUAUUUUGACAUAAUUUCAGUGUGGUGUCAUCAUUUUGUUUUUAGAU